GAUGACAACGCUCACAUUCAUCUUCUUAACACUGUUGACUUGGACAGUGUUGUCUGGCUCGUGGCUCAGCCUCAACUGUCUCAAGCUCAGGCUGUCCGGCAACGAUGACGAGACAAAGAGCUUCAGCUCAAGUGCUUUAUAUCAAAAGGCUGUUAUUCACACAUUACAACUGACAGUGACAUGUGAGAGAUUUCUUGGAAUGAGGGACGUGAUCACAGAAGACUGCACUUCCAUGUUUGUCAGUGGUUGUGUCAACACUUGUAAGCGAGUGCAGGACGCUGUGAGUGAAGAGGAGCAACACAGAAAGAGCUGCAAAUCUGAUAUUCAGCAGCUGUGGGUGUGUUUCCAGUCAAAGAGCAGCUGUCUUUCACAUAGAACACAAAUAAUGUCAAAGGUCAACGCAACACUGUGUUCCAUAGAGACAUUUCUCACACAAGCAGGCAGCGUGAACAGUGUGCGGCCUCACGCCAGCACAUGGAAGGUGGAUGCUGGUUUUCUGGCAACUGUGUUACUGUUUGGAACCUACAUGAAAAGAAUGAUACUAUCAGCGAACAGUGUUCCCCCUGGCAGUGACAGUAACUCCACAAUGAUGAUGCUUUUAAUCAUGACACUGCACCGUUUUUCACCAUCAGUCAUCAUCCAGCAGCUGUAUGAGUGGCCCUACAUCACUGUGGUCAUCUCUUGUGCAGUGUGUCUCUCUUAUGUUCUCAUUAGAGCUGCAAACGUGUCCCUGGCCUGCAAAGUUGCCUGGAAGAUGAUGAAAGUGCUUUGUCUGUUGCAGCAGCGGCUCUGGACUCUGCCUUUUACUGUCAUGUUUGUGUGGUUUACAUGUAGCCUACUGUUUCUCAACAAGAACAUGAAACUCUGGAUUGAAGACAAAGAUGUUGGAUCAACAUUAAGAUACCGGGCUUUGUUGGAACUGCUGGUGACGUUGUAUUGUAUGUUCAUCUUACUUCCCAGUUUGCUGCAGUUUAUCCUGAUGAAACUGAAUUUUUUGAGUGUCCAUUUACACGUGCAGCUGGUAACGUGUCUUCAGAAUUCAAGGGUGCCCACAAAGUAUGUUCUGGUCAUGAAGAUUCACAGGUUCAUCUGAACUUACUUUUCUCACAUCUUUGAGUGUACCAUUCAAUCUGUCAUGAUAUAAAAAAAAAAACAUAAUAUUUUAUAUUAUUUAGUUUUUCUUAAUAGCAGACACUGAAGUCAAGGCAGUUGAAAGUAAUAAGCAUCUGCCACUGUUUAAAUUUGUUCUGCAAAUGUAUUUGUACAAAUUUCACUUUAUUUGAAUAAACGUCUCAGAUGUGUUCAUUAAUGGAAAAAAGUAAUAUAAAACCUCACUUUGAGAGUAAAUACUUGGUUUGAAAAA